GGUGUUGCUGGCACAUGUUUGAUGUAUUUACAUGUAGUUGUAUGCUAGGUAUUGGUAUGCUAUUCUUAUUGAGCUGCAUACAGUGCUCAGUAAAUUUUCCUGCAAUGCCCAGGUGUCAUGUUUUGUGUCAUCUGAAUCUGUAAAUGAGGAACCGCCUUAAAAGCUUGGUAGGUUGAGACUUGGUACCCAAGGUAUGACUGAUUCGGUUUCGAUGGGGAAUGCAGCCUGAAAUUUUGUUGACUCAGUGAAUGCUGUUCUCAAGCUGAAGAAACAAGCGUCCAAAGUCUACCUUCUCACUCCAGCGGCGGCCAUGGCGUCGCAGUCUCUGGAGAUCGUGCUGCCAGGUGACGUGAUCAAGACAGAGGGUGACCUGGACCUGGGCCCGGGCCUGCGUCGCGAGCGGCACGGCUGCGUGGUGCUGCAGCCGGGCGUGCACCGGUUCCGCGCGCCGCGAACCCACUGGGUCGACACCCACUGCCGCCGCUACGUGCCGGUGCGCGGCCAGUGCGUGGUGGGUACGGUGUUAGCGCGCGCCGGCGACAUCUUCCGUGUGGACAUUGGAGCGCACGAACCGGCCACGCUCUCCUACCUGUCGUUCGAGGGCGCCACCAAGAAGAACCGCCCCGACGUGAAGGUGGGUGACCUGGUGUUCGCGCGUCUGCUGGUCGCCAACAAGGACAUGGAGCCGGAGCUGGUGUGCGUCAACUCGAAGGGUCGCGCCGAGGGCCUGGGCGUGCUGUCGGCGGAGGGGCUGGACUUCACCGUGCCGCUGCACGUGUGCCGCAAGGUGCUGGCGCCCGCCUGUGGCCUGCUGCGCCGGCUCGGCUCCGAGCUGCGCUUCGAGAUGGCCGUCGGCAUGAAUGGCCGCGUCUGGGCCACCAGCAACAGCCUGCGCUACACGGCCGCCGUCGCCAGCGCCAUUUGCGCCUCUGAGCACAUGGACGAGGCGCAGAUCGCCGCCAUGUGCCGCGAGGUGGCAGCAGUGGCGCACCAGCGGCGAUGAGCACGCGCGUGUGGGCGGGGGAGGGAGGGCUAUGGCGUUGCGUUGUGAUGUGCGUGGAAUGCUCGGAGGAUCGUGGCGAGUGCACAGAUCGUGCAAAUGGCGUACGUGACCUGGCACCCGUCGGUGAUCUGGGAGAUCUGGCGCGGCGGGGUCUGGUCCACGGCGUUUUUACAUGCGCGUCGCUUCAUGCUGCGGUUCGUCCCGUUCUGGACCCGAGCCCACCCAACCGCAGUCGGCGGGCGGAAGACCGGCAGAGGGCGGAGUGGUCACCACUGCGGACAAUUCCUGAGCAUCUAGCUAGUUUUGAUGAGAACCUGGGGUUCUCUGCGCUCUGCGGCGUCUCACAAGCCACUGGUCAGGUGCGUGUGUGUGAUCAUCGCUGACACCGUGUCCAGCAUAUUUCACGUGUGAGAUCAGGUUACGUCCUCUUGUCUGGUGCCAAAUCUUGCUCAGUUACAUGUGAAGUGUGCUUCUCCCAUUCUCCAUUGCAGUAUGUUGCAUGAAGGACGAGGGUUAGCGGCAUGUAUGCCCCGGGUAUCGCAGAGAUGAAAGGGCAAGUCACUGGAGUCACGGUCACGUUCAUUUCAUUCGCGCUCUGUUGGCAAAGAAUAAAAAGCCGUCAAAGCG